AUUGUAUAAAAGAGUGGCGCAAAACGGAUAGCCUUUCUACUCCUUUUCAGACAACCAACACAACUAAAACUUGCCCUGUUUGUCGAAAAAAUUCACCUUAUAUUGUACCCUCCUCUAGCUUUGCGAAAGAGGGUCAAAAAAAGACUGAGAUCAUCUCAUCGUAUAGAGACCGACUUUCUCAGAUUCCUUGUAAAUAUUUUCAGGAAUCCAGAAAGUGUCCAUUUGCUAAUAAAUGUUUUUAUAAGCACGCAAAUCCAGAUGGAUCUAAGUGUGAUUUGGGCCCUCCGAAGAGAAAAAAGCCAAGAACAUGUUUAGGAAAUUUCCGGUACUGGGAGGUGACUGGAGAAGGUAGUGGAUUGGAUUUCAGAGCGAUUUCUGAAAUCCUUGGUGGAUUUUCUAUCAAUCACAGUAUUCACCAUAUUUUUACAAGAGACUGGGAUAAUUGGGACGAUGAAAUGGAUUUUGAUGAAGUUUCACCAAAUAAAAAGAAGUUUCUUGAUCAUGGAUUUGAGUUAGAGUUUAAUCGAGAUCCAAAUUUCAGUAUCCAUCUUGUUGAAUAUGAGACACCAUAG